CCUCAUCUACACGGAUAAUCUUUCAGAUGACAUCCAGCACGUCAAACAGGUUCUUCAUCGUCUACGAGACCUCUCUCUUUAUGUCAAGGGAAAAAAGAGUGAGUUCCACAUUACCACCAUCGCCUUCCUCGGCUUUAUUCUGACCGUGGGCGUGGAUGAAAGCAAAAUCUGCGCUGUAGCACACUAUCCUAGACCCCUCACCAUUAAAGACCUCCAGCGGUUCCUUGGGUUUGCCAAUUUCUGUUGGCGCUUCAUAAGGAACUACAGGACAGUCGCCACGCCACGCUGCACUCACUUGCCUAAAAACGAGGACUCUGCCUUGGACCAAAUCUGCUCAGACUGAAUUCAACCCUGACAGCUCGGUUCACUACUGCCCUUAUUCUCAAACAGCUGGAUCCCUCUCUUCCAUUCAGCGUGGAGGUCGACACAUCUGAGGUGGGAAUUCAAUUCUCUUCCAAAAUCCUGGAGCUCAGGAUUUCUGCAUACAAAGACUCCUACAAGAGUUUGCCUACUCAUAAUAUAAAUUUGGACUGAGAUGGAGAAGCAGCUGACUUUGGGCCUUUCUCUGUUGCUGAGUCUUCUCCUAGUCCUGCCUGAGGUGUGCGGGAUAAAGGAGGAGCCUCCGAAGAAAUUGUCCCACUCCUCAGAUCAAAAAGCAGGCAGCUGCUCCUACACCUUCAUCCUACCUCAACAGAAACUGAAGGGGGCUCUAUGCGUGAAUACAGGGCCUGCCUCUGGUGCCACCAACCACUCGGAGGUGGUGGCCCUGCGUGAGGAGCUGAGACGGCAGCAGGAACAGCUGGAGGAACUAAGGCGCCAGCUGGAGCAGGACGGGGCCCUUGUCACAGAGGUGCGGGCGCUUCGGAAAGAGAGUGGCAGCAUGAACACUCGCAUUUCCCAGCUCUACGCCCAGCUUCUGCAUGAGGUCAUGUACAAGAAGGAUCAAGUGGCUGAGCAGAGGCGGGUAGAGAACUUACUGCUCAACGCCACCACACAGGUGCUGCAGACCUCUGCGAGUUACAGGGAGCUGGAGAAGAAGUACGAAGGCCUCACCUCUAUGAUGAGGAACCACAGUGAGCUCAUUUCUCAGCUCGAGAAGCAGUGUCAGGCCACCAGGGACACCAUCUCACCCGCACAGAUUCCCACCAAUCCCUGCAGUAUCCAGUCCAGAACACCCAUGAAUGAAAGCGCAGAUUCCAAAGAGAUGGCCAAUGAUGUUCAGAGAGACCAGGGCACCCCUCUACAACAGACGCAGGAUAGAGAACCCCUCCAGGGGCGAAAGGUGCUCUCUGCCCCCAUGGCCCCUACAGACUCCCCCUCCAUCAGCUUUCCUGUCACCAAGACACCAGGACCCUGGCGGGACUGCAAACAGGCGCUGGAUUCGGGCGAGACCACAAGUGGGAUCUACCUGCUACGCCCACUUAGCGCCAACCGUCUGCUACAGGCCUGGUGCGAGCAGACCAUGGCCCAAGGAGGCUGGACCGUUAUCCAGAGAAGGCAAGAUGGAUCAGUUAACUUCUUUAGGACCUGGGAGCAGUACAAGCAAGGCUUUGGGAACCUGGAUGGAGAGUAUUGGCUGGGAUUGGAGCACCUCUACUGGCUGACCAGGCAGGCCUCCUACAAGCUGCAUGUGGCAAUGGAGGACUGGCAGGGGCGCCAUGUGUUUGCGGAGUACAACAGCUUCCGUCUGGAACCUGAGAACGACUGGUACCGUCUGAGGCUGGGGGAAUACCAAGGCAAUGCCGGAGACUCCAUGUCCUGGCAUAACAACAAGGCAUUUACCACUCUGGACAAGGAUAAGGAUGCUUAUUCUGGUAACUGUGCCCACUUUCAGAAGGGAGGCUGGUGGUACCACAUGUGUGCCCACUCCAACCUCAAUGGUGUGUGGUAUCGAGGGGGUCACUACCGCAGCCGAUACCAGGAUGGGGUCUACUGGGCCGAGUUUCACGGGGGCUCCUACUCCCUUAAGAAAGUCAUUAUGAUGAUCAAACCCACUGAAAUCUCUACACCAUAGAAAUUCACCCAUGAGAUUGUUUGAGGACAUGAAGAAUGUUAAUAAGACAGCAUUAAACUAACAUGCCACAUUCAAUUUUGUGAAAAGUGGAAUUGUUUUUCUAAAUGCAAUGUAUUUUUUGAAUAAAAAUUGCCCAAACAA